GGCUGUUUUUUUAAUUUUCGUCAGUCCACCCUCUCUCUUCUCUCUCUCUCUCUCCUCCACCACCCGCGAACUCUUUCUUUCUCGCUCUAGACGACAGAUCAACCGUAACAGAACCCACAAUCCUCCCUCCUCCUCCUCCGUUCUCCUCCAUCUCCGUUCGCCGUAUCGGAGCUCAAGAUCGGCGACCCUCAAUUUCGAUGCUGCUGGAUCCGCCGCAUCCGUAAUCCAAUCGAGUUUAGGGAUCUAAGAAUCGAAGAGAAGAGAAGAGAAGAACGAUCUAGAAGCUUAAACCACCGGCGAUGGCGAUGUCAGGGAUGCGAGGACUCUCCGUGUUCAUCAGCGACAUCCGCAAUUGCCAGAACAAAGACCAGGAAAGGCUUCGCGUUGACAAGGAGCUCGGCAACAUUCGUACACGCUUCAAGAACGAAAAGGCUCUGACUCCAUAUGAGAAAAAGAAAUAUGUUUGGAAAAUGCUUUACAUAUACAUGCUUGGCUAUGACGUGGAUUUUGGUCACAUGGAAGCUGUUUCGCUUAUAUCUGCCCCAAAGUAUCCAGAAAAGCAGGUUGGGUACAUUGUAACAUCAAGUUUGCUUAAUGAAAAUCAUGACUUCCUCAGGUUGGCUAUAAAUACUGUGCGCAAUGAUAUUAUUGGUCGCAAUGAAACCUUCCAAUGCCUAGCUUUGACUAUGGUUGGAAAUAUUGGCGGUAGAGAAUUUGCGGAGUCCUUAGCACCUGAUGUACAGAAGUUGCUGUUAUCUAGCAGCUGCAGACCACUUGUAAGAAAAAAAGCCGCGUUGUGUUUGCUCCGCUUGUACAGGAAAAAUCCUGAUGUUGUCAAUGUAGAUGGAUGGGCGGAUCGGAUGGCACAACUUUUGGAUGAACGAGAUCUUGGUGUUUUGACAUCUUCUAUGAGUCUCCUUGUUGCUUUAGUAUCAAACCAACACGAGGGUUAUUGGAGUUGUCUUCCUAAGUGUGUUAAAACUUUAGAACGUCUUGCUAGGAACCAGGAUAUUCCCCAAGAAUACACUUACUAUGGUAUCCCAUCUCCCUGGCUUCAGGUCAAAACGAUGAGGGCUCUUCAAUAUUUUCCUACCAUUGAAGAUCCGAAUACCAGAAGAUCGUUGUUUGAGGUCUUACAAAGGAUCCUGAUGGGAACUGAUGUUGUGAAAAAUGUGAACAAAAAUAAUGCAUCCCAUGCCGUUCUUUUUGAAGCCCUUGCUCUGGUGAUGCAUCUUGAUGCUGAAAAAGAGAUGAUGUCUCAAUGUGUGGCUCUUCUUGGGAAAUUUAUUGCUGUCCGCGAACCAAAUAUUCGUUAUCUUGGCCUGGAGAAUAUGACUCGAAUGUUGAUGGUUACAGAUGUGCAAGAUAUUAUUAAAAGACAUCAAGCUCAGAUUAUUACUUCAUUGAAGGAUCCUGACAUCAGUAUUCGGAGGCGUGCUCUAGAUUUGCUUUAUGGCAUGUGUGACGUUUCAAAUGCAAAGGAUAUAGUUGAAGAACUACUGCAGUAUCUCAGCACAGCAGAGUUUGCAAUGCGCGAGGAAUUGUCACUUAAAGCAGCUAUUCUAGCCGAGAAGUUUGCACCUGAUCUUUCAUGGUAUGUUGACGUUAUUCUUCAAUUAAUUGACAAGGCCGGAGAUUUCGUUAGCGAUGACAUCUGGUUUCGGGUGGUGCAGUUUGUUACAAACAAUGAAGACCUACAGCCUUAUGCUGCAGUAAAAGCUCGAGAGUAUCUUGACAAACCUGCCAUACAUGAGACAAUGGUUAAGGUCAGCGCAUAUAUUCUUGGGGAGUUUGGACACCUUCUAGUGAGACGACCUGGAUGCAGUCCAAAGGAAAUAUUUAACAUUAUACAUGAGAAGCUUCCUACUGUAUCAACUUCUUCUAUUCCUAUUCUUCUGUCAACAUAUGCAAAGAUUCUGAUGCACAGUCAACCACCAGACCCUGAAUUACAGAAUCAGAUUUGGACAAUAUUUAAAAAAUAUGAAAGUUCCAUUGAAGUUGAAAUACAGCAACGAGCUGUUGAAUAUUUUGCUUUGAGUAGAAAAGGUGCAGCCCUAGUGGAUAUAUUGGCUGAGAUGCCUAAAUUCCCUGAACGACAGUCUUCAUUGAUUAAAAAGGCCGAAGAUACUGAAGUUGAUACUGCAGAACAAAGUGCCAUAAAGUUGCGAGCUCAACAGCAAUCUCAAACAUCAAAUGCUUUGGUUGUAACUGACCAAAGUCAUGCUAAUGGAGCUCCGCCAGUCAGCCAACUUGGUCUAGUAAAAAUGCCCAGUACGAGUAGUAAUGUGGAUGAUAUUUCAGCAGAUCAAAGAUUAUCCCAGGAAAAUGGGACAUUGAAUAAUGUAGAUUCUCAGUCUCCCUCACCAGAUCUCCUUGGUGAUCUCUUGGCUAUCGAAGGCCCUCCCAGUGGCAGUCUCCACCCUCAGCCGAGCUCAAGUUCAGGAUUGGAAGGAACUGCAGUUGAAGCCACAGCCAUAGUGCCUGCGGGAGAGCAGGCCAAUUCUGUGCAGCCAAUUGGAAAUAUUGCUGAAAGAUUUCAUGCUUUGAGCUUGAAGGAUAGUGGUGUUCUAUAUGAAGAUCCUUAUAUUCAGAUUGGCAUUAAAGCUGAAUGGAGAGCUCAUCAAGGGCAUCUUGUUCUUUUCUUGGGGAACAAGAAUACUUCUCCUCUUGUCUCAGUUCAAGCUUUAAUAUUGCCUCCUGCCCAUUUGAAGAUGGAGCUCUCUCUAGUACCAGAAACUAUACCUCCCCGGGCACAGGUGCAAUGUCCACUUGAAGUCAUUAAUCUCCACCCAAGCAGGGAUGUCUCGGUUCUUGACUUCUCCUACAAGUUUGGUAACGAAAUGGUCAAUGUCAAGCUUCGCAUGCCAGCUGUCCUAAAUAAAUUUCUUCAGCCUAUAACAAUAUCUGCUGAGGAGUUUUUCCCUCAAUGGAGAUCCCUGCCUGGACCACCUUUGAAGCUUCAAGAAGUGGUUAGAGGUGUCAGACCACUUCCACUGCCCGAAAUGGCAAACUUAUUUAAUAGUUAUCAUCUGACAGUGUGCCCAGGGCUUGACCCCAAUCCAAACAAUCUUGUUAUUAGUACAACAUUUUAUUCAGAAAGUACAAGGGCAAUGCUCUGUUUGAUAAGAAUUGAAACAGAUCCAGCGGACAGAACCCAGCUGCGAAUGACGGUUGCUUCAGGGGACCCAGCAUUAACGUUUGAGAUGAAGGAGUUCGUCAAGGAACAACUAGUCAUCAUCCCCCCAACAUCCCGUGUACCUGCAACACCAGCAGCUCCAACACCUCCAGUGGCUCAACUAGCUAUUGCUCCCGCAACAACGAACGAUCCUGGGGCCUUGCUUGCUGCUCUUCUAUGACAAUAUAAAGAUGUGAUCAUUUGUCAUUACACUCUUGUAACUUGAUCUGCACAGCCUAACCCACCUAUGUAUCCCUCAAGCGUGGGGUGGAUAAACAAAAUCAUGAUGCAAGGGCUGGCGGAGUUAACGGUGAGUGAGCUUAUUUGCCAGCAGAGUGUUCGAGCAGGGUUUUCUGGGUUGGUGGGCAUUUUUGAGAUUCUUUCAGCACAAAAGGAUUGUACUUUUAAGCGAUAUUUUAUAUCAUUUGGGGUGAGGGUUUUCAGUUUUCUCAUAUUUUUCGCCUUCCCAGUUUCACUGGAUUGUUUGCGGUGCACCUGAUAGCAUGAUAGCAUAUGUAAGAUAUUGCCAACCAAUUGUAACAGUUUGAAAUUCUUAUUCCGAAAUUAUAGUUGCAAUAAUAGCUUGUGGAGUAUUUGCAUUUUUA